UGUUCUAUGCAUAGUAGUACCAUACCAUGAUAUAUUGUUUCUUACUAUUUUAUUUUGUAUUAUGUUUUUAUUCAUUUUAGUUUUGUUUUUUUCUUUUAAAAAUAUCUACUUAUGAUUAGUCAUUGAUGAGGUUUUUACUUUUAGUCAAAGAAUUGGGUUUGUCCAAAUCCUUUUGGACGUAUUUUGCUGACUUAGUGGUCAUGUCAUGAAAAUUAAUUUGGAAUUUGGUGGUUUGAAUUUGAAGUGAUCUAAACUCAGUAGUGAAAUUUGGUUGUUGCAUUUUUUGUGUGGUAGAGUGAGUGAUAAUGGACACUAUAGCUACUAGCAAUGGCAGUGAAGAACCAAGAAAGCCAGGGGGAAAAUACAAAGCAAUGAUAGUUUGUUUCAUUCUCGGACUUGGUUCACUUGUUGCUUGGAACAGCAUGUUAACUAUUGGAGAUUACUAUUACAAGUUAUUCCCGAAUUAUCACCCUUCAAGGGUGCUAACAUUGGUUUACCAACCAUUUGCAAUUGGAACACUCAUAAUAUUGGCAUACCAUGGAUCAAAAUCAAAUAUCAAUACUCGACUGCGAAAUUUGGCUGGAUUCAUACUUUUCUUUGUCGCCACUCUCUUGAUUCUUAUCUUGGACCUAGCAACAUCGGGGAGAGGUGGAAUCGGACCUUAUAUUGGUAUCUGCUUGCUAACAGCUUGUUUUGGAAUUGCCGAUGCUCAUAUCGAAGGCGGCAUGGUUGGAGAUUUGUAUUUGAUGUGUCCUGAGUUUGUGCAGUCUUACUUUGCUGGUUUAGCAGCAUCUGGUGCUCUAACUUCAUUACUUAGAGUGCUGACCAAGUUAGCUUUCGAGAAAUCUAAUAACGGACUUCGCAAAGGAGCGAUUCUAUUCUUCGCGAUCUCCACAUUCAUCGAAUUCCUUUGUAUUAUCCUAUAUGCAAUCUUUGCCAAAUUGCCUAUAGUGAAAUACUAUCGUUCAAAAGCCGCCUCUGAGGGAUCAAAAACUGUUGCAGCUGAUCUAGCUGCCGCAGGCAUUCAAACAAAGAAAAUUGAUCAAGCCGGAUAUGAUGACAAACAAGUGGAGCGGCUAAGCAACCGACAGUUAUUUAUGGAGAACAUUGAUUAUGCAGCAGACAUAAUUCUGAUAUAUGUGUUAACAUUAUCAAUCUUCCCUGGAUUUUUGUAUGAAAAUACAGGAACACAUCAAUUAGGCAUAUGGUAUCCAAUUGUUUUGGUUGCAAUGUAUAAUGUGUUCGAUUUAAUAUCAAGAUAUAUCCCACUUGUGCCAUGGUUGAAGUUAGAAUCAAGGAAGGGUUUACUAAUAGCAAUCCUUUCUAGAUUCUUAUUGGUACCAGCAUUUUACUUUACAGCAAAGUAUGGUGAUCAAGGAUGGAUGAUCUUUCUUACCUCAUUCUUGGGACUCACCAAUGGAUAUCUCACUGUCUGUGUUAUGACAGUGGCACCAAGAGGUUACAAGGGUCCUGAGCAAAAUGCAUUGGGUAAUUUGCUCGUACUUUGUCUUUUAGUAGGAAUAUUUGUUGGAGCUGUUCUUGACUGGUUGUGGAUUAUAGGCAAAGAUUCAUUCUAAAUUUAUCUAUUCCCUACUAUUUUUACUUGUAUGAUUACAAUGUCCUAGAUUUAAUUAGUUUGGAAUUUCCUUGUAAUCAUGGUAGAUUAAUUCAUAUUAUUAAUCGGGUUUUGAGUUGAAUUUUGCAAAGAGUUGCUUAAUCGGAGCUAACGUCGCUCCGGAGUUCAUGAGGUUGGCAUCAACCGUCAUUAAUUGUAAGGUAUCUUGGUCUUCCGGUGAGUGUUAAUUCGUGUAGCUUGUCUACAUGGGAGACUGUGUUGGACUCUUUAAGGAAGAGGGAAGAGGUUAGGGUCGUGGGGUCAUAAAUAUGUGAGUAUAGGAGGCCGUAUUGUACUUCUUAAUUCGGUCCUUAAUGCAAUACAAGUGUUUUAUCACUCA